AACCAAAAGAGUACUUAGUGUAUUUUAGUUCAAUGUUUAAAACGAUGGUCGUAACGUUAGCUAACGUUACAGCAUGCGGCCUACAAAGCGUAACGUUAGUAGUCAGGAGAUGUGGCCGCCGCCUGGCCAUGCUACUUUCAUUUUACCGCUAAUUUGCUUCUUAACGUUUACAUAACGUAAUCUAUUAAAAUAUUGACGACUAGUUAGCAUUAAAUGAAAGUGACUAUUAGUCAAUAUUUACCUUACAUAUCUGACUGUUCAGCUAGUAUAAAUCGGUAUAUAGUAACGUUAUUUAAGGACCAACCAGGACCAUUUCAAGCUAACAUUAACGUGUAUUCAGCUAAAUUAAUCUAUGUUGUUUCCCUGGUUUUGCUGUUUUUCUUUGUACCUUUUGGUUCUUACAGAAACCAACAUGCCUUACCACCCUGUUUGUUCUUUGUUAAGGUUGAGGUUGGAAGAAAGAAAAAGGCGGAAGACGUUUCAGAUGACUCACGGCCUGGCUCAAGGAGCGCAUCCCCUCGGGGCUCGGCAAAGUCCACCAGCCGCUCACCAGCACGCUCCAAAGAUGGCUCCCGCCGCUCCAGGUCCAGAUCGCGUUCUCGAUCCAGAUCCAAAUCCAAAUCCAGGUCCCGUUCCCAUCGAAGCUCACGCAGGCACUACUCCCGAUCUCGCUCCCGUUCCCACCGACGCCGUUCCAGGAGCCGUUCUCGUAGCUGGGAGUACCGCCGGCAUAGGAGCCACAGCCGUUCCCCCAUGUCAAAUCGUCGCAGACACAUUGGCAACAGGGCCAACCCAGACCCCAACAACUGUCUGGGUGUGUUUGGACUGAGCCUGUACACCACUGAGCGAGAUCUGAGGGAGGUUUUCUCUAAAUACGGCCCUCUGAGUGAGGUCAACAUUGUGUAUGACCAGCAGUCGCGUCGAUCAAGAGGCUUUGCCUUUGUCUACUUUGAAAACUGUGAGGACUCCAAGGAGGCCAAGGAGCGUGCUAACGGAAUGGAGCUUGAUGGGCGCAGGAUCAGAGUGGAUUUCUCUAUUACAAAACGAGCCCAUACUCCCACUCCUGGAAUCUACAUGGGACGUCCCACAUACGGUGGUAGCGGUGGUGGUGGAGGCGGUGGUGGUGGAGGCGGUGGCAGUAGUAGCGGUGGUUCAUCGCGGCGUGCCUCGAGGGACUACGACAGGGGCUACGACAGAGGCUAUGACAGAGGUUAUGACCGUGAUUAUGAUCGCUAUGAUGACCGAGAAUACAGAUCAUACAGACGCAGAUCUCCGUCUCCUUACUAUAGCAGGGGGUACCGCUCACGAUCCCGGUCACGGUCCUACUCGCCACGUCACUACUGAGCAGCGAGAGAAGAGUCAAUGACAGAUUCAGUGUUAUUGCUUGGAUGCUUGUCUUCUGUUUUUUCGUUUUUUUUGAGCACAUUGUGUAUGUGAUAGGAAUUCUGGAUUUGUUUAUGUAUUAAAUGAUUAAAACAAUUAUCCUAAAAAUAUAGCCUGUCUGAGCCAAACAGUGUCAGCUGUUAAUUAAUCGUUACCAAAUUUGUAGGAAGAAACGUGUAAAAUGUGUUUUAAAAUGGCAGAACAAAAGUUCAAGUUCAAGACAUGGGCAGUUCUCUGGAUCUGUGUGAAAAACGUAUCACUGUUUCAUUGGCUAACUUUUCUCAUCACUUUUAAGAUAUGUGAAGCCCUUCCAGGUUAUCCUUCUAAUACCAAACAAACAGAAAUCGAAAACUCAAACCUGUUUGGCGGCGAUAAUUAAACCAAAGGCUGGCUUGUUCGUGCUUGGCUCGACCGACUUGUUUUUAUAUGAGCAGGAUUUUCUGUGGCAGUUAUAUUACUAUUUCUCAUUUUGCUGUUUGUAUGUAGUUGGUUUCUUAAACUCUCAAGAUCCUAGUUUGCUCUUUGAAAUGUUUUAAAUGCUAUGUUUUGUUUUUUUUAAAAUUUGGUCUUAUUUUUUUUUUGUUGUGUGUGUUUGUAUAUAAGCAAUAAAAAUUACUUUGGUCAUUUGCUCUGUUGCUUAGUAAUGGUGUGUAGUAUACUGUAAUGGUCACAUUGCCCCAUGGAAUUAGAGGCAGGAAUGCUGCAGGUGUUGUACCAUGAAGUCCCAUCAAACAUUUGGAAUUUUUGUUUUGUUUUUCUUGACAGAAAUAAAAUAUUACUGCUUGGA